GGGAACUGCCCAGCAUCGGGAUUCAAAGGCAAGGAGCAGACUAGCAGCGGAACAAGUCCUAAUCAACAUCCAGAAUGUCUCUGUCAAAUAAACUCACUUUGGACAAGGUGGACGUGAAAGGCAAACGCGUCAUCAUGAGAGUGGACUUCAAUGUGCCCAUGAAAGAUAAGACAAUCACCAACAACCAGAGGAUCAAGGCCGCUGUUCCAUCCAUCAAACACUGUUUGGAUCAUGGAGCCAAAGCCGUGGUCCUCAUGAGCCAUCUGGGCCGACCUGACGGACACCCCAUGCCCGACAAAUACUCCCUGGAGCCCGUGGCCCACGAGCUGAAAAGCCUUCUGGGAAAGGAUGUUCACUUCCUGAAGGACUGCGUGGGUCCGGACGUUGAGAAGGCAUGCGCUGAUCCCGCUGCUGGUUCUGUCAUCCUGCUGGAGAACCUGCGGUUCCACGUAGCAGAGGAGGGCAAGGGCAAAGAUGCCUCUGGAAACAAGACCAAAGCCACUCAGGAGCAGAUUGAUACCUUCAGAGCAUCUCUGUCUAAACUGGGUGACAUCUAUGUCAACGAUGCUUUCGGAACAGCCCACAGAGCUCACAGCUCUAUGGUUGGUGUUAACCUUCCCCAGAAGGCUGCAGGUUUCCUGAUGAAGAAGGAGCUGGAUUACUUUGCCAUGGCCCUGGAGAAACCACAGAGGCCUUUCCUGGCCAUCCUCGGAGGGGCCAAGGUCAAGGACAAGAUUCAGCUGAUCAACAACAUGCUGGACAAAGUGAACGAGAUGAUCAUCGGAGGUGGAAUGGCCUUCACUUUCCUCAAGGUCCUCAAGAACAUGGAGAUUGGCACUUCUCUGUAUGAUGAAGAGGGAGCCAAAAUCGUGAAGGACCUGAUGGCCAAGGCGGAGAAAAACGGCGUGAAAAUCAACCUGCCCGUCGACUUCGUCACCGCCGACAAGUUUGACGAGCACGCCAAGACGGGAACGGCCACCGUCGCCGCUGGCAUUCCGGCCGGGUGGAUGGGUCUGGACUGUGGGCCAGAGAGCUCUAAGCACUUCGCUGAGGCCGUCGGACGCGCCAAGCAGAUUGUGUGGAACGGGCCCGUGGGCGUGUUCGAGUGGGACAACUUCGCUAAAGGAACCAAGAACCUGAUGGACAAGGUCGUGGAGGUCACUAAGGGCGGCUGCAUCACCAUCAUUGGUGGCGGUGACACGGCGACCUGCUGUGCCAAGUGGAACACAGAGGACAAGGUCAGCCAUGUGAGCACUGGGGGCGGAGCCAGCCUGGAGCUGCUGGAGGGUAAAGUGUUACCUGGAGUGGACGCCCUGAGCAACGCAUAAACGCGCGGACAGAUCGUGAUCUCUACCUUAACGAAGCUUUCACUCUGUCUCUCACCGCUCUCGUCUGAAACUGUCACCUACGCGCAGACGCAAAUGACGAAUGCCCCUUUCUCUCCCUCUCUGUCUCCCUCUCUGCCAUACAGACAGAACGCUGAACCCGGGGGGGGGGGGCGGGUGUCGCUCUCUCUGUCGCUCUACCUUCACCUAGAGUUCCUCCAUUUUGUGUUCUCCUUGUCUUGUGUUAACUCACAAAAUGAAAGUACUUAAUAAACCAGUGCACUUACUCAACUCAUCUGCUGCAGGUGACGCUAGCAUCCACAGCUGUUACGUGAUUUUGGCUUUUUCCUUUCUUUCUUUUUUUUCUUUUUUUUUUUGGAGGUGGGGAGGGGGGGGUUUGUCAUUUGUUGUCACCCAGCGAAAACAUCUUAGAGCGUAUGUUUGUUAACGCAAUUAGAGUCUGACAGGGUGUGUGCGUUCUGUUAAACGUGAAACGUGUCGUGUGCUGUAACUCUGUAGAGUUUAUAUUUUGUAUUCGUUGCCUCCUCAACUAAUGUUGGACAUACUUUAUGUAACUGUAAACCCUUCUUCCUUCACCCUGCCAUGCUACCUUAGUAACGCACUUCCUACGGCUUGUAAGAUAGUUGUUCCCUGGAACGGGCUGCACUGAGGAGUUGACCUGCGCUAGUGAAGCCAGGCAGAUUCUCAUGACAAAGGAAAAAAUAAAUAUAUAAAUAAACAAACUGUUUGUUUU